AUGAGGUCGGGACCGAGGAAAAUCAAACGGAUAGUCAGCCUCGUGCUUUGGCCACAACAGAUUUCACCCCCGAUUCUAGCUUUAUGAAUAUAUGUGAACAUCAUCGUCCGUGGUGAUGAAAAUGAUGCUCACCAUUCCAAUUCUUUCAUGUUGUUCAUCAAGUUAGUGUCUCUUUCUCUGCCUGAAGGAUAAUUAAUCAAGGACGAAGAGUACAGGAUCGCUGCUUCCUCUAAUCGCGAUUGGCAUCGUGUUUUAUUUCGGGAUUCUGGCAAAUUUGUUGUUGCGUUCGACUUCAGUCGAAACGGCGAGGAACGAACUAAUCCAGAAUGCAGGGACAACCGAUGAACAUCAAGCAGAACAGAGCUGGUGGGCUUCGCUCACCUUUUUUGUAAGUGAGACAUUCGUCUUAUGGCUCGAAAGCUGCUCAUUAUUUCUCGAAAUCUUCUUGCUUUCAUAAUUCACACAGAGAACAUGAACCAACAAGGAGUAGAUCUUCUUGUUGAUGCAUUGAUAAUUAUGCUUCAUCCAAUGCGGAGACAACCCGGCUUAAAUGAUGCGUCAACUUUUCAUUUGAGGUUAGGCUCGACCUCGAGAACACGGAAAUUUAGAAAUCUUUUUAGAUCGUUGUUUCAGGUAUGUAUGAUGCUGUGGCUGUGGAGCUGCUCUUCUAACAGCUGGCGCAGUAGCUAAGGGGCCCCAGGAUUUUGUGUGGUAUUUCGAGACUCGGCAAUGGACGCAGUCGAUGCAGCCGCACUACAUUGCUGUAACCGCUGCUGCGUACUUUCUGUUGUAUUGGUACGCGACCUUUGGCGCGACCCUGGCUGCCACGAUCCUUGUCAUGCUUGCCAUACUCACGAAGGUGAUAAUCCUGCUAGCGUUUCGCCUCGUGUUUUUCCUGGAGUCAACAACUAGUUCGACUAGAGGAGCUACUGUGAGUCGCAAUCGCCGCGUCGAUGAGCAACCCGAUUUGGCUCUAUCAACAUCUUUGAGGUCGAGCGCCUCCUCGUCGCUUUUCCCGCCCCGCUCUUUAUCGAUAUCCCAGAAGCUCCAUCGAACCGGCAGCCUUGCAAUUGCGUGCCUGAAGCAUUCCCUGUGUCUUCGCUUUUUGACGCCUGCCGGUGCUUGGGCCGAGUGCAGCGGUGAACAACAGGAGGAGCAACAGCUGACCACGCGUGAUCAUGGUAAAAGUCCGACGACUCGCAGGCAAGAAGAUUCUACUACGGCGUUGAACAUCGAGCUGAUUCCAGUACCUGUCAGGAAGUGGCUAUUUAUUGCCACUUUCUUGGUGUGCCGAGCGUUUGUCCAAACCUUGCUCUUCGUUCUGUGCCCUCUUUACCUGCUUCUGCUCGUUCUGGGUACUUUUACUGCAGUUCGAUCCGCGUACGGGUUCUGGUCACGUUGGCUUUUGGCUGGCGACACGGCGACGGCUGAUACAGCAAGCAGUGAUAUGGCGACCUUAUUGUCCUAUUCCGGUGUGUCAGCGGCGUACGGCGUUGAGGAGAUGCCCGCUGCUCUCUUCGUGCCCUUCGGAACGCUUUCCGGUUUUCAUAGUGCGCUAGUACCUUUGUCCCGCUGUGCCGUGCUGACUCUAUUUCAUGCUAUCCUCCCGCUGUCCUUGUUCGCACGUGCGCGACUACUGUGGCGCCGCCUGCGAGAAGUUGAUGACCGAGUCGCCGAUGUUGUUGAUGCGUGUCCGCUAGUCGUACAAGAGGGUCAAGGUGGUCAACGCGCUGGCAUCAUAAAAGAUGCCGACAAGUUCGCGGGUGAACAUGAACAAGAGUGUGAAAAAAUCGGCGACGUAAUCCUGGACCAUCUGGUUGAUGUAAGCGACGUGAUCAAUUUCAACGAUAACAUCAACGCGCUAGGAUACGCGGAACGACCGGCACCGCGCGAGAAAAAUUAUGAUCCUGAGGAAAAUCAUUUUGGUCAUGUUGAUCACAAUCGUCGAACGAAUGAAAAAACGAUGAAGAACGAUAAAGACACGAGGAGGUUUGCAGGCGUCGAAGGCCUGCAAGGAACACUUAACUCUAGUAAUUCAAAUUACAACGGGUUAUCCACAUCCUCAUCUCGCCCGGCACCGCUAGAGUUCGUAGACUUUUGUGCGGGGAUGAUGUGCCGAUUGGUUGUGCAUGUCUCGUCCAUGUGGAAUGACCAUGAUCGCUUCGAGACAGUGCAGAGAGAACUUCUUUUGCCACACCUACCCUUUCCGUCCCUCUUUUUGGCUUGGAUCAGCGAGGUGGUGAUGCGCGCAGUAAGGUUUCUUCAACAGGCGUGGAGCAGCAGACCAGGAAAUCUCAGAGCAGGAGAAGAUCAGGCAUUGUCGCAGACGUCGACUAGAGAGUUGCAGAGUGUCGUUGCUGUUUCCCUCCAGGGAGCUGAAGAGAAUAGCCAUGAUAACUCGAUGCGCUCAGGCUUCCAUUCUCCUACCCCGUCCUAUCAUCGCGACGAGGACGACGACGAAUUGUCACGACAAACGCCCGCGGGUGGAGCUGGUCGCGGUGAUGCGCAGAAGCACAGGACGCCUGGCACGCCUGAUAGCUUUGGAGACGACGACGACUAUCUCACUACAAAAGGUCUCGUGGCCUCUAGCAGCAAAGGUGACGCGAGUUCUAGUUCUACCAGAAUACGCUUAUCACGUGGAGGAGGUGAGUAUCUUCCAGAUGGACCUGAAACACGACACGAUCAAGCGCGAGGCGAGUCCGAUACAGUGUCCCAUAACAAGAACUAUAAUGCGCACGUUCUGCAAGUCCUUACUUGUUCCUCCGCGCUUUUAGGUCGGGAAUCCUCUGCCACUGUGCGUUCGGCUCCCUACGAUUGUGGCGGAGAGUCUAGCACUGAGGCAGCUUGUCGCCAACGCUUGGAGACCUUUUGUGGCGGCGGUCCCAGGAGAAAGGCAGCCGCCUCAUUCAUCGUCGCUGCCGUUAAAUCACUCGUCUGCCGGCCUUUGUGCCUCUUCGCGUUCCUUGCUCGCAAGAGCGUUUGUCGAUCCAGGCGAGUCCUCCGGUUCACUCUUCUUGGCUAUUUUUCAAUCGCAGUUUUGCUUACCCUUAUCGGUCGCGCUGCGGUGUACCCGCUGGCAUUCGACCGAUUUUACUUCGUCCCGUCCCAUAUCGCAAUGCUUCUCGUACGAGACCCAACCCCGCUAGGCGCAGCCGCUCGUCGGUAUCUGGAUUUAGUUCCGAAUGGACAGAAUGAUGUAACUGAUUUCGAGCUUGCCAGAAAAUCGUUUCCCUUCGGUUGUAGCCAUGUAGUUUCAGCUGCGUCUCGAUUACAAAGGAACCAGGAUGAGCGGGACGCGCUGUCACCGGGAGCAUCGAUUCUGUGCGAAUUCUACAAGAAGCAGGAUGCUUCUCUUCAUGUUCAGACGAGUCCUGACGCGACUACGGCACGACAGCAGCAGGAAGGGCCUACACCUGCAAACACGCGAAAAACAGCGUACUUCUUGUUCCAUGGAAAUGCAGCGGGAAUAGAGAUGAGCUUCAAUGAAGCGUCCCAAGUGUCCGCACGGUUCUUCCCAGACGAGCAAGUGGAUGCCUACCUUCACACCUACUCUGGGUACCGAAGUAAUGUACGCGACACGGAACAUGUCACUGACGCAACGCGCCUUCAACUUCGUGCAGCAAUCCUCCUUCGUGAGGGCAUUUUAAAGCACGACGCGAACGCGCGGAUCGUGGUCCAUGGGAUUUCGGUGGGCUGCUGUGUCCUGGCGGGAGCACUCAAUCUGCUGGAUGGUACCUACCACUGCAUGCCGCAGCUUGCUUGUACUGAUGUGGAACUACUACAUUCAUAUUCUAUUGAUACUAGAAGUAAAGGUAAUGUGGAACUAAUACAUGUUCAUGCUGCUUCUACUUGUCUAUUUCACGCAGAUACUCUUCUAAAGCGCAUCACGCAUGUGGUUUUCGAAGCGCCGUUCGAUUCUGCUCGAACCAUUUUUUUGCGAAAGACGUUCUUUUUGUUGUCGCCUUGGUUGUGGUUCUUUCCUGGCCAGGAAGAGAGCACUGUAGACAACUUGGCAGCCGCAGUGAGCAGGCGAGCUUUUCAAGCAAAGGUCAUCGUGAUUGAAAAAGAAUACGACGAAAUUGUGUAUGCAGAUAUGUCAGCGCAUAUCGCUUCUCGAGUGGAUGCCAUCCGGACAGAACGUUUGGCGACGAUGGGGGACCCGCUCCGCAAAAAGUACCACUGUCCGGAUCUGCAUGGGCGAGGAAAAACUCUAGAUCGAGAAGCGAUGCACGAUGCUGGAAACCAACAUCGUCGGAAGCUCUUGCAGCUUGCAGAUGAUCAACUUCAACAUGAAGUUGAAAAUCAUUAUCAGGUCGACUCAGCUUCACCUUCAGCAGCAACAAGAAUUUUAGUGGAACGCAUGAAUCCACGCUCGGAUCAGCGAGGCACAAUUCUCGAAACAGAGGAGAGCGAUAGCGCAGGAAAUGCUGCACCGCUUUCAUGCUCUUUUCCUCCUGCGCUCCUAGUGCAACGAUAUGCAUCGCACAACUCUCUAAUCGUAAACAAAGCACAGGAUAGCGAAGAGUUUCGAAUCUACAGAACAUUCCUGCGUGAUGAGGAACUCUCGUCUUAGCCUUAGGUACUCCACGAACUUUUUACAUCAACAAACAAGAUACAGGUGUUGCAAAAGAAACGAAAAUCAUGAAAGCAAGCGGCCUUGCUAGUAGAGAUGCAACGGGUGGUAAUCGGAGAUUGAGAC